AUGAAACUAUCUCCUCCGGCAGAGGACGAUUUCGUCUUCGUAAAUGUCUCGCGUCCCGACGAAUUCAAGUCCGCGUCAACACAGCGCACCAUCCGGCGCCGUGUCAUGCGCGACAUUGGGAGAUCGCGUCGCCGCACUCGCCCGGGGCAACCAACUUGGUCCGUCACCCUAAGAGCCCCUUCAGAUCCCGUCACAGAGCACAUCCCAGUGUCGAUUGACCCAUGCAAUACGACGUUUUAUCCUGGCCCUAUGAGCGACCGCGCGCUACAGCUCAUGCAUUUCAUGACUACGGACCGCGACUACGUUUUUCGUCCCUUUCGGACGGUAUGGUUCUCCUUGGCAUUAACUGACACCACUGCCAUCCUUGUGGCCUUGGCCAAUGCUGCCAUGUUUCUUGAUCAGCGCCUGCGGGCCCAGAUGUACAGGUACGAGACUAGUACAGAGUGUCUGAACUACUACGGCCAGUGCGUCCGGCUGGUGACGCACCGGCUGGCAGAUACCCAUGAGAGUCUCAGCCAAGGGGUUAUCACGGCCAUAUUAGGUCUGACCUGUCACGAUCUCUAUGUGGGUACGCUAGAUCGCUGGAAAAUUCAUAUUAGUGGCCUGGGACGUAUCAUCCACUUGAGGGGUGGAUACCGGGGCCUAGAUGACAGUAUCACGCGCUUCGCUAUUUGGCUCGACGUUGCGGGUAGCGUGAUGGAAGACUCCCGCCCACGGUUGCCAACUCCGCCGGGAUUCGCAUCCCAAGUCCCCAACAUCCUCUCUCCCACUCUGAGAAACCUACUGGGGAACAUUGUUGCAAGAUAUAAUUGUUUCAAAGAUAUCGCGACUGCUUUCAAUUAUGCGAACUUCCUUGUUCAAUACACCGACGGGUCCCUUUGUCGUUCCGAGGCAACAUGGCUAAACGAGGAUAACCUCACUGUAAUAGAACUGUUUGGGCCAGCCACACAUUUCCUACUUUCCAUGUCGAGGCCGACCGAGAUAAAUCCUAGCACAACAGACAUACCAGUUCUACAGCUACGCGAAGCACUCCGGCUGGUGCUAUUACUAUUCCUUGGCACAUUGAAGCAAGCAGUCUUCCUCUUUACCGCCCACGAAUGCGAAUAUCUGCGAUGCAAGCUGUCGACGCUCAUUUCACAGAUGGAGAAGGCCAACUACGACGACUCAUGUCUGAAACUGCAUCUCUGGGUUCUCGUAACAGUGUCUCGACUCUGUCAUUCUAUCCAGUCAUCGAUGUACCGUGACGAUAUCAGUGCUGUUCUGAACCUAUUAGGCAUGGGGAGCAAGGAGGGCCUGGAUCUGGUUCAAAGUAUCCUGUCCACUGACAUUCUGGAUGGCUAUCUACCUUUCCUCCCAACGCUAGAGACCUCAGGUUUAUAA